CGGACGAUGACGACAAAUAAUAGUUCACCAGCCCGUCGUCCGCGAUCUGCUGCUGUUCACCAACCUCCUCCACAAUGCGCUUCCAUCGAUCGGCCCUACUCGCUUUCGAGCACUACAUGGCCAGCAUCACCGCGGUCUCAAUCGUAUCGGUCUCCGCCAUUUGUCUCUACGGCCUCCUCGUGGCAUGGCUCUAUCAGGUCGAGAACGGACCCGCCUUGCCUGCUUCUGAAUCACAUUCCAGCGCUCUAGUCAAUGCUGCAUGGAAAGAUCUGGCGCAGAUCUCGACUCGGCCUCACUCCUUCAACUCUCGCCAGCACGAAUUGACUCGCCAGUAUCUGCUCGACCGGAUACAGACGGUGUCGACCAAGUCUGCAAACUCGGAGCACAUCGACGUCAUCUCGGACGAGUCUGGCUUUGUUAUCACAUACGACAGCAACGUCGGCUACUGGGAAGGAGAAAACGUAUAUGUCGUUAUCCACGGUACCUCUGGGACUCCUGGAGUCUUGGUCUCUGCACAUUACGACUCGGUAGCGACUGCCUACGGCACGACCGACGAUGGCAUCGGCGUCGUCACAUUGCUGCAGCUACUCGAGUAUUUCUCUGGACACCGCCCAUUUCACAACGUGGUACUGAACUUCAAUACCGGCGAGGAGAUAAAUCUCUUUGGUGCUCACCAGUUCAUCAAGCAUCCCGUCUCAAAAUACGUCAGUUCAUUCAUCAAUCUCGAAGGUGCUGGCGCGGGUGGUCGUACCGCUCUGUUCCGCAGCUCAAGCUACGAAGCCUUGAAAGCAUUUUCAGGCUCAGGUCCUGCUUUCGGAAGUGUGAUCAUGCAGGACAUUUUUAAGACCGGUGUGGUUCACAGCGAAACAGACUUUGAGCCAUACUCCGAGGCAGGUCUUCAUGGCCUUGACAUGGCUUUUUACAAGCCGCGAUCCCGCUAUCAUACCGCGCUGGACAAUCUGAAGAGCACCGAUAAGAGCUCCGUGAAAUUCAUGAUUGACAACGCGCUUCGACUUACGAAUUUCCUGGCCGGAGAGCGUUAUGUGGCAGCUGAAGACAAUGCCGAUGAACUGGGCGUAUUUUUCGACAUCUACGGACACAAACCGCUGGCUUUCUCUAUGACCGGGUUUGCGAGAUUCUCGCUAUUCUUUGCUAUUCUGGGUCCGACUUUGAUUGGCUAUAUAGUGUACUAUGUCAUGUUCAAGCAUCCGGUCGUAAGAGUCACCGCGUAUGGCUGGGUUCGAAUGCCAGUGACAUUCUUCUUCCUUGUUGUGGUCAAUAUAACCGUCGUGAAGAUGUUUACCGGCCACAAUCCUGCCAUCAUCUACUCUUCUGACCUGCCAAUUAUUGCGAUCGGUUACUUCUCUCUGAUUACGUCGUUUGUUACACUAUUCAUAGCCCAAGCAGCUCACCCUACGACCUCGCAGCUACCCAGCAUCCUCGAGCUUCUGAUGGUUCACUGGCUUCUAUCUGUCUUCUCAAUCUAUUCACAUUAUACGCUGCAAUUAGGCGGAGGGUAUAUGUUUACGUUUCAGUACCUCGGCACACUCUCGGCCACUGUCGUCUCUUUCUUCCCAUACAUCGCCCGGGCAAACCGUCUUGCAAAGAGUCUAGCCGAGCGAAAAGACACGGCUCACGGUACAGACAGGUCACCGAACGAGGAUCUACUUCCAGGAAAUACGCUUCCAAACGAGGAUGCAGAAGAUGAGGGAGACGCCUUACUGGUCACCCCCGAUAACGACAAUCGUUCAUACGAGCCAUUAGUGCUUGAUGAUGGGUAUCAGGCUCUUUUGGAGUUUUUGGAGUUUUUUUUCUUGGCGUUUCUUCCAAGCGGUUUCUUUAUUUCUAUGGCCUUCUCUUUCGUCAACAUGUCGAGAUACGGAAUUGCAGAAGGCUCUCCUAUAGUGAUGCCCUAUGCCUUAUUCUCUUUUCUCACGAUAGUGUCUGUGACUUCCUUGACACCAUUUAUAUCCCGCUUCGCUCGCUUGCGCGGUCUCAUCUCGGUCCCUAUAUGCAGCCUGGCCUUCAUCGUCGGUCUCGUUCUUCUCGCCGCGUGUCUGAGAUCGUUCCCAUUCAACGAAAUCUCACCUCUGAAAGUUUUUGUGGAGCAGGAGAUUGACUAUACGGUUGAAAACUCGGGACAUUGGUCUGAUGGUGGGAGAGUUAACGUUGUUGGACUUUCACAAUACGUUCCCCGCAUCAUCUCUCAUAUUCCCUCUGUGAGACCGUCCGAUAUAAAGUGCGCUCCGGUGGGAAGAGAAGGCACUCUAAGCCAAUGCUCCUACACAGGUCUCUCGCCCUCGCCAUACAUCAACCCCUUGGACCCGUCCCAAUGGCUCACGAUCUCCGCAACAAUCGACCAUACAUCCGUAGCCGAGUCUGCAUUUUUCCUCACCCUAUCUCUCGUCAACUCCCGUGGUGGCGCGCUGAGAAUCCCCGAUCGCGUGUACGAGUUGCUGAGUUCUCCGUUUUCGCCGCCGGCCGAGAUCUCGAUCGAGUUCCUUUCGACUCCCGGAAUACCGGGUGGAUUCGGUUCAUCCGCAGGCGAUCUACCGGUGAUCACCACGAACGCCAGCCAAGUCGAGUUCUGGACGCGAUGUAAUUUCGAGUCUGGCGACUGCGACGGGACUGUCCCGUUCCACCUAAGGCUCUCGUCCACGACCGAAAAGCCACUGACAGAAGACAUAGUCGGUAUGAUCUCUGUAGCCGCGUACUUUGACGAAUGGGCGCCAGAAGGCAUGACGAUUGGCGAAGAGCUUGGGUUGGAUGCGAACCGCACGCUCGUGGGACGGAUACCUGCGAUCGAUGAGUUUUACCGGUAUAUGCCGGGAUGGGCGACGUUUCAGAAAAGAGCAAAUGGAUUGGUCAGAGUUGUGAAGAGUGUGGAGUAUGUUGAUGACGAGGACUGAGUAUUGUCCUAAAUUAUGUGAUUCUGGGUAACUUGUGAUUUGUUGGUUUGAUUCCAAAAAAGGUGUACAAUUUAUAUUAUGAAAGUAGCCAGUUGAGACAACAUAGGAUAAGAGAAGU